AUGGAGAUGUGCUUUCCAGUGGUGUCCACUUUUCCCACCUUCACUCCGAGGCUCGCAGUACUCCACCCUUGUUGGGCAGAACAAGCAGAGUUCAGUCCAAUACUCACGAAAGGGUCUGAGAACAACCGCAUUCUCUCCGCUUCAACCAUUCCAUUCCUCAACACCAUGCCUCUUCACCAACUCAUCUCCUCCGACCAGGUUCCUUCUCUAACCUUCAGGCAAGGGAAGAAGCAGCGGCGAUCAACCUCACAGUUGUACAACAUCUCCACCAUCCGCGCGGGCGAUCUCCCACCCUUUCAACCGUGCGUGCAUGCUGCAUGA